CCUCAAGGGUCCAGAGUCGAGCCUCAUGGGGGGGAAAUAUAAAUUGGGGGUUUCGCUGCGAGUUGGACACUAGAUUCAGAAAAACAUCAACUCAAAAACAGAACAUUCAACACGCUUUGAUCUUGCCAUAUCCAUCCCUACCAUAAUCAACCAAGAUGCAGUUCUCCAAGAUCUUCACCACUGCUUUCCUCGCGGUCGCCGCAACCGCCGCCCCUGCCCCCCAGACCUACAGCGUCGACUUUGGCGCCAUCCAGGCCUUCAGCCAACACCUGCAGGCCAUCUGCAACGAGAUCCAAGCCAAUGUGGCCAGCGCCAGCGGCGAAUUCAACAACUUCAUCGCUGGUUUCCAGGGCAGCGCUUCUCAAUCCUUCCAGCAGCUCUGGGGCCAGGUCGAGGCGGGCAACGGCCAGAUCCAGCAGGCCUGCGCGUCGAUCGUCUCUGGGUUGAAUUCCGCUACUGAGACUUAUGACCAGGCUGAAUCUGAGAAUGCGGCGGCCUUUGCGGAUAUCGUCGCUAGCUUCGGCAAGAACUGAGUGUGGUUGGGCUAUCGCGUCUGAAUAGACUCCAUAGAGCAUAAGUACGCUUUCUUACAUAUAUGUAUAUAUUAAAAAGUACUUCGGAUUGGCGGCGGCGAUUGACGCUUGAAUAAUUUCAUCCAUAUUCCUGAUAUUACUGAAUGUAGAAUGGUUCUGCG